AUGGCGAAUAUCCCAAAAGGCUUCAAGUCUCUUCCUCUUCCCAUUGCACAACUUUCUCUUGCUGCAGUCUUAAAGUGCGGGCAGAGUUUUCGCUGGUCGUCGAUCCCAUUGGCCGCCGGCGUGAAGCAGGAAGAAGAACCAGAGAACGCGUACCCAUCACACGAGUAUCGUCUCGCGCUUCGAGAUCGCGUCGUUUGUCUGAGACAAGACAAGGAUACGUUGUUUUACCGUGCCGCGUUCCCCGACGUGCCUUUGUCAGAAGACCAAUCGGCCAAACGCGACAAAGAAACAUUGGAAUGGCUCAGGGACUACUUUCAACUCGAUGUUGACCUCGUAAAGCUUUACUCGGACUGGGCAGAACGCGACGUCGUCUUCAAGGAGACCGCAUUGAGAUUUUCCGGAAUUCGAAUUUUGCGGCAGGACCCGUUUGAAAACACCAUAUCGUUCAUUUGCAGCUCUAAUAAUCAUAUCAAUCGUAUAGGCAAGAUGGUCCAAUCGCUAUGCACGGAAUACGGACCACUUGCAUGCUCUCUUCCACCACCCGAGGACAGCGAGGAGACUUCGAGAGAUGCCAUAGCGUAUUACGGAUUCCCUACGCCGGACAAGCUCACAGACGAAUCCGUCUCGACUCGCUUGCGAGAAUUGGGCUUUGGCUAUCGAGCGGAAUAUGUUCAAAGGACAGCUCAAAUGCUUUGUGACGAACAUGAAGAUCCCGAGUCAUAUCUCGUCGGUCUCAGGAAGCUACCCGGGAGGAAGCAAGAGCUGAACUUCUGA